UCUGCGAGUGGCGUGCUGUUCCUCCUGAUGGCCUCUUCCAGGAUGCUGUGCUUGCUGCUCCUUUGUGAAGGUCUGUUUCUGGUGACCGGCUAUGCUCAUGAUGAUGACUGGAUUGACCCCACAGACAUGCUUAAUUAUGAUGCUGCUUCGGGAACAAUGAGGAAACCUCAGGUGAAAUACGACAUAUCUGAAAGAAAAGAUGUCAGUCCUGACUUGUCAAAUGCCGAUGAAUUGUCUAAGUGUUAUCUCAGACUUGAUUCUUUAAUUUUUAAGAUUGAUGAAUGUGAAAAGAAAAAGAGAGAAGACUAUGAAAGUCAAAGCAAUCCUAUUUUUAGGAGAUACUUAAAUAAGAUUUUAAUUGAAGCUGGAAAGCUUGGACUUCCUAAUGAAGACAGUGGUGAUAUGCAUUAUGACGCUGAAAUUAUCCUUACAAGACAAACUUUACUAGAAAUACAGAAGUUUCUCAGUGGAGAGGAGUGGAAAUCAGGAGCCUUGGAUGAUGCGCUCAGUGAUAUUUUGAUAAAUUUUAAGUUUCAUGAUUUUGAAACAUGGAAGUGGCGAUUUGAAGAUUACUUUGGAGUGGAUCCAUAUAAUGUGCUGAUGGUCCUUCUGUGUCUGCUCUGUGUCGUUGUGUUGAUAGCGACUGAGCUCUGGACUUACGUCGGCUGGUACACCCAACUGAGACGCGUCUUCUUCAUCAGUUUGCUCUUCAGUUUUGGAUGGAAUUGGAUAUAUUUAUAUAAGCUAGCUUUUGCCCAGCACCAGGCUGAAGUGGCCAAGUUGGAGCCAUCGAGCAAUGUGUGUGCUGAGAAGAUGGAUUGGAUUGGAAGUCUCUGGGAAAUGUUUAGAAGUUCAGUGACCUUUAAGGAUGACCCGUGCCAAAAAUACCAUGAGCUCUUAAUAGUCAACCCCAUUUGGUUGGUUCCACCUACAAAGGCAUUCGCAGUUACAUUUACCAACUUCGUGACAGAGCCCCUGAAGCACAUUGGGAAAGGAGUGGGCGAAUUUAUUAGAGCGCUCAUGAAGGAGAUUCCGGUGUUACUGCAGAUUCCAGUGCUGAUCAUUAUAGCUUUGGCCCUCCUGGUCUUCUGCUAUGGUGCAGGCCGCUCCGUCGUUACCCUCCGGCAGCUCCGCGGGCCUGAGCGCGACCCCCGGCCCGCCGUGGACUACAGGCCCGAUCCCCAUCGCAGGGGUCCCCCUGGCCGCAUCGAGCAGGGCCCCCCCGAGCCACACCCAUGAGCACGGAGGAGAGAGCGCGCCCCGGGCCUGCGACUUGGCAGACGCCAGCCGUCAGUCGCCCAUGGUGCAUACGAAACCCGAGGACACUGCUGGAAUCCCACGAGGAGACGCGCUGCCGGGGCAGAGCCGGCCUGCUCGCGUUGUCUCACUGGGGCCGGCGGGAGACGCACCUGAUGGGGACGUGGAUGAGGACGAGCCCCGCCCAGGACCGUCGACACCGCCCAGCCGAGGACUGACGCCACCCAGCCGAGGACUGACACCACCCAGCCGAGGACCGACACCACCCAGCCGAGGACUGACGCCACCCAGCCGAGGACUGACACCACCCAGCCAAGGACCGACACCACCCAGCCGAGGACCGACACCACCCAGCCAAGGACCGACACCACCCAGCCAAGGACUGACACCACCCAGCCGAGGACCGACACCACCCAGCCGAGGACUGACACCACCCAGCCGAGGACCGACACCACCCAGCCGAGGACUGACACCACCCAGCCGAGGACUGACACCACCCAGCCAAGGACUGACACCACCCAGCUGCAGACCGACAUGACCCAGCCAAGGACCAAUGUGCCCCAGCUGCAGACCCACAAGCCCCAGCCGGGGACUGAUAUGACCCAGCUGCUGACCGACACGACCCAGCCGAGGACCGAUGCGACCCAGCCGAGGAUUGAGCCCCAGCUGAGGACCGACGCGCCCCAGCCGAGGACCGAUGCGACCCAGCUGAGGAUUGAGCCCCAGCCGAGGACCGAUGCGCCCCAGCUGCAGAGCCACAAGCCCCUGUUGAGGACUGAUGUGACCCUGCCGAGGACCGACGUGACCGAGUUGCAGACCCACAAGCCCUUGCUGAGGACUGACGCACCCCAGCUGCGGACCGGAGCUGAGGGCAGCCCACUGAGCCUGGCAGGAGCUGGGUGUGGGAAGGAGCCAGUCGGCAACCCAUGUGGCUAGAGGAACAGAGGUCCGCCCAGCUCUGAAGCCAUCUUGAAUUCUGGAAAAUGCCAUUUGGGAAUCUACUUUGACAGCUAGCAAGGCAAUAUGCUACUGUUAUUGAAUGAUUAUAGCAAUUCAGGGAAGACUUUAAGCAAACUGAAGAAACAUAUCAAGCCCAGUUUUUUGCCUGAAGAGAGGGAUAAGACUUUAUUGACUAGCCAGUAUUGGUCACUCAAAUUGAAUGCUUAUAUAACAUAGCUAUUUCUAAGAAAAUCAGAAUGGGGUAGACAACUGUUAUAGUUUUUAUGUUAAAUGUUUAUGGGUGUAAUAAACACUUAUUUUUCUGUA